AUGGCUCUGUCUCAUGAGCACACCGGUGACCUAUCAGGGACGACGCCUGGUACGGUGCAUUUGGUUGAUCUCGACCACACCAUGCAAACUCAACAUGCAUCUGGCGGCAAUCAAGACGUUGUUCUCGAUCCCACGCCUUCCCCUGAUCCAAACGACCCGCUCAACUGGAGCCCCCGCAGGAAGAUGAUGGCCACGAUCUGUACCAACUUGCGAGUUGCUUCGCCCAGCCAUUUGGCGACGGUUGCUGACGAUCGUCUCAGGUACACUUGGUUCGCUGGAAUGUCGGGGUCAACCGUAUACUCCGUUCUCGUUCCGCUCUCUAAGAGCAAUGGAGUGUCGAUAUCCACGUUAGUGGAAGGCGGCGGGUACAUGUUCCUCCUACUGGGCUGGGGGCUGCUCUUUUGGAAUCCCUUCGCGAUGAGAUACGGGAAACGCUUGACAUAUCUGCUCUCCACCUUGGGUGGAAUUGGGACCUGCAUUUGGAGCGCAUAUGUUAAGAGCGAUGGAGAGUGGCUCGCUCGGUCCAUCAUCCAAGGUUUCUUCCUGGCCCCUAUCGAAUCACUACCCGAGAUAUCUGUAACUGAUGUGUAUUUCACCCAUCAACGUGGCCGAUACAUGGGCAUCUACGCUUUCACUCUGGCAGGCAGCAACUAUUUUACUCCCGUCCUGUGUGGAUUCAUCGCCGAAGGCCAAGGCUGGCAGUGGGUCUUUUACUACCCUUCCAUCUUCUUGGGUCUUCUUUUUCUCUUCCUUUUCUUUUUCAUGGAAGAGACCAAUUACGUUCGCAAUACUACCGGUAUUGUGGCGAUCGCUACCAAUACGCCACCACGUACACCGAGCCUGCAAGACGACAGAGAGAAAUCGCCGGCCGUCACGAGAGCAAGCGAUGAGACACUGGGCGAAGUAUAUGGUCCUCCCAAGACUUUUGUCCAGAAGUUGGCGGUCUGGCACCCGACCCCCGGGCAGGGCAUGGUGAAACGCGCAAUCCACAGUCUCAAGUUCCUCGGCUGGCCGGUGAUCUUCUACGCUGGCUUCUCGUACGGAUCGUACCUGGUCUGGUUCAACGUCCUCAACGCCACGGCAUCUGUGAUCCUCAGCGCACCGCCCUACAACUUCUCCGCAUCCAUGGUCGGCCUCAGCUAUAUGUCGUGCACCAUCGGCGUUAUCGUUGGCUCCUUCCUCUCUGGGCCCCUAAGUGACUGGUUGACGCUGAGACUCGCACGACGCAACGCCGGCAUAAUGGAGGCUGAGUUCCGCCUAUGGCCUUUUGCAUGUUGCCUGAUCCUAGUCCCUGGGUCCUUGGUCCUCUGGGGCGUGGGAGCAGCGCAGGGCGUGCAUUGGUUCGGCCUCGUCUUCGCGAUGGGGGUGUUGGCCUGUGCAACAACUUUUGGAGUAACUCUCAGUAUCAACUAUCUGAUCGACAGUUAUCACGAUAUCAGCGGUGACAGUAUUGUGACGUGCAUUCUGGUGCGCAAUACUCUAUCCUUCGCGAUGAGCUACGGUAUCACUCCCUGGUUGACCAAUAUGGGCGUUCAGAACUGUUUCAUCUCCGCAGCAUUUGUCGGUCUGGCUGCUUGCAGCGUCUUCUUGAUCAUGAUUAAAUGGGGCAAGGGCUUCCGGGUUCGCAGCGCUGCGAAGUACUGGCAGCUGGUCGAGGCGGCGCACAAGGCUUGA